AUGCCUAUCACUUCCGAACCUCAAGGCUCUUUCUUUGGCCACCUUUUCCAUGCUAUCUGGGCUGCCGUCAGUACCUUUUUCGACACAACCUGGUUUCUGACUUCGUCAUUGUUCGGCGCCCUGUUUGAAGUCAUGCUUCCAGCUACAAUUGCCGCCGCUAUCGUCGGCGGUGUGGUUCUCGCCGCCAUCUUGGCUGUCGUGUAUAUCGUGAAUUGGAUGGGAUGCAUUCAGUUCGAGUUCGGGGCUGAGAAGACAGGGACAAGUUCGUCAAAGGCCGCCGGAGAUGGAUCAGACGCAGUACUGGUCGAUGUUACGAAUGACAAGCGACGUGUUGAGAUUGAAAUCGAGUUUUUGGAAGAGUUGCUGCGUGCUAAGCGGGAGAAGUUGGAGAAAUUGGAAUAG